GCCGUGGUUAAGACAUCAGCCGACGCAGAAGGCCCCGGAAGAUGCUGUUUGGUGCUUGGGCAGGUACACCUUCUGGUGGGUUUGGCCCAGCAUUCGUUCCGCCAACGAGAAGGGCCGCUUGACCCAACCAGAUCUUCCACAGCUGCCGCAUGCCGACGAACCUGAACUGCUCUUCGAACGAUGUGCCAACCUUUGGAAACGACAGAAGGGACAGAGAGGCCAUGGAGUUAAAGACAGUGCCCGGCUGUUGCGUUCCAUUUCUUGGAGCAUCCAGUGGCGUGUCUUUCUCUACUCGCUCCUACAUGGCUGGACCUUCCUAUUCUUCAUGACCAUUGACCCUUUGAUGCUACGGGUGCUGUUGAAUGCUGUGCAGGACAUGAGCACACGGCACACCGAGAGCACUAGCAUUGUGACACAGUUUCUCUUGGUUGGUGCACUGAGCCUUUCAAUGCUCUUCCGCGUCACUUGUAUGGAGAUUUGUUUCUUUGCGUCACUGCGUGUGCAGAACAACGUGCGGUCAGUCUUGGUCCAUUCGAUCUUUCGAAAAUCCCUUUGGAUUCCUGACCAUGCGCUGGACAUUGGAAAAAUCUCUAACUUGAUGGCAACAGAUGCAGAUAAGAUUGGGAAGUGGACAGCUCUAAUCUUCCAAUUGUCGCAAUGGUCUUGGACAUUCCUUUCUUUGCCAGUGCUGGCAUACUUCCUCUAUGGCUUAGUUGGCUCAGCGGCUUUCGUUGGUCUGACGAUGAUCAUUUUGGGAGCGACGACUUCAAGAUCUCUGAGCCUUUGCCUGCAACACUACACCCGGAUUGUGCAGACUUGUCGUGAUCAACGGGCACGGCUGAUGAGUGAAAUGGUGCGAGGCAUUCGAACAGUGAAGUUGCAGGUUUGGGAACCCAUCUGGCACCAACGCAUUUCGGAGGCCCGGGACCUUGAGAUGCGCGCCGUGGUCCGCGUCCGGGUCUUGUCGGCCUUCAACUCGCUGGUGGGAUCGGUGCUCAGCGUCAUGGUCCCCGUGACGGUCUUCGCGUGGUACACCCUGGUGAAUCGAAAGGCUUUGGAUGCCGCGACAGCUUUCACUGCUUUGGCUUGGAUUUCAACCUUGCAAUGGUCAGUGCAAGCGCUUCCGGGCGUUUACAAUGCGGUUGCCAAUCUCAAGCCCAGUGUCACUCGGAUCGACGAGUUUCUCACUGCUCCCAUCUCCAGCUUUACUUCGAGCGCUGCGGGUGGACGUCACUUUGAUUUGGAGCGAGGAGAAGGUGAUCGAGAGAUGUCCACUAUGUCCACCAUGUCCGCCAACGGCAGAAAUGAUCACCGUGAUAGCCCUUCUGCCGCUUCUGCCGCUUCUGCCCUUGGUUCUUUUGCAAAUGGAAGCAGUGGAACCAGUGAACAUGAAGCGGUGCUCCCUGGGUGGCGAGCAGAACCGUGGCUUGAUACUCAGAAUCAUGGUGCUCCUAUCGCUCUGGUGUCCAGAGAUGUGGUGGAUGUAAGGGAUGCAACUUUUGGUUACAGAGCUGCCACGGAAUCAGGGCUGGUGGAAACCCGUGUCUUGAAGAAGUUGAAUUUCCAAGUGAAAUCAGGCAGCUUUGUGAUGAUAGCAGGAGCCGUUGGCAGCGGCAAAAGCACUUUGCUGGCAUCCCUGGCUUGUGCACGCCCUGCAUUGCAUGGUUUUUGUGAGACAAAAGGUCGGCGCGCGUAUGUUCCGCAGAAACCUUUCCUGCUGAACGGAACUGUUCGGCAGAACAUCAUUUUCGGAUUGCCCUUGGAUGAGGAAAGGUACAACUCUGCACUCGAAAUGUCAGCGCUCCCGGAUGAUUUGAAGACCUUGACCGAUGGAGAUGCGACGUUGGUGGGUGAAAGUGGCGUACAACUUUCAGGUGGCCAGAAGGCCCGUGUGGCCUUGGCUCGAGCCAUCUAUGCCGAUGCGGAUGUGAUUUGUUUGGACGAUGUCCUGAGUGCCGUGGAUGCGCAUACGGCACGCUUCAUUUGGCAAAGAUGUUUCAUUGAAGGCUUCCUGAAGAUGAAAAAAACUGUGAUUUUGGUGAGUCAUCAAAUUCAAUACCUGUCACGGCCAGAAGUGGAUACCGUGAUCCUGUUGAAGGAUCAACAGAUUUGGUUGCAAGGCUCCUGGGCAGAAUUGGCUCAUAGCGGUGAUGCUUUCCUAAGCCUUGUGAAAGCUUGGGAGGAAGAAGAGGAGGCCGAAGCUGAGGAAGCCGAGGCUCAGGAAGCAGCGACUGCCAAAGCAGGAAAUCAUAUCACCAGCCACGGCCAUGGUGGCGUCCUUGGAAUCCACCUGGGUCACCAGGUUUCGCUCCGCGAAUGUCAAGAUGCCUUGACUUCGGUCCUGGCGGCCUUCGAUGGCCGAAGGAUUGACCCCAUGCUGAUCCAGCGGGUUCGACAGGCCAUGAGUGGCGAGGCUGAGAUCCAGAUGGAUUUGAUCCGAGACGGAGCGAUUUCAUGGCCCGACUUCAAGGUCUACUUGAAGGCCUUCGGUUCCAUCACAGUAAUUUCUUUGAUGCUGGUCUUGAUGGUCUUCAGUGCCAUUAGCCAAAUCAUGUCCACUCUGUGGCUGGCCAAAUGGACCAGUGGGACAGAAGAGGAUCAGGAACGUAAUGUGCUCAUCUACUUCUUCAUUUCGGUCUCAACCAGUUUAUCCAACUGUGUCCAAGCCAUCCUUCUGACGGUGUGUGCAUUGGCGGCCUCACGUACCAUUCACAAGGAAAUGCUGCAGAAGAUCCUGGCUGCACCCAUGUCGUUUUUCGAUUCUUCGCCCACGGGGAGAGUGUUGAAUCGAUUUCUGCAAGACUUGCAAAACAUCGACAACUUUGUUCCCAAUAGCAUUUCGGAUCAGAUUAUGAAGACUUUGAACAUCGUGACCCAGCUCUCUUUGAUCUACAUCGAGGCACCUUGGGUGCUUUGCACUUUGCCGGUGCUGGCAGUGCCUUAUUCCAUGAUUUACCGAAGGAUGCGGAUCCCCAACCGAGACAGCAGACGUUUGGAGAGUGCAGCGCGAAGCCCGGUCUAUGCGCAUUUCAACGAUACCUUGCACGGCCGGGAGACCGUGAGAGCCUUUGGUGCAGAGGCCCGCUUCCAGCGUGAGAACUUGAAGAACAUUGGCGUCAUGUCUCAAGGACUCUAUGGAAAUGAAGCCGUGAAGAAAUGGGCACAAGCCUUGACCGCGCAGUGGGGAUGUGUGCUCUACUGUGCAUCGGCCUUUAUUUGCGUGGAACUGUCCCGCAGAGGGCAGAUGCCCGCUGGACAUAUGGGCCUCGUUCUGUUGUAUUCCGGACAGCUGCAGAGAGGGAUGAUGGACUACAUGAUGGGUGCAGCAGAUGUGGAGACGAAGUUUGUCUCUGUGGAACGUGUUGCGGAGUACAUGCGAUUGGAGGGUGAAACCGAAGGAAGUGGCUCAGUGGAUGACAGUUGGCCCCAGGGCGAAGUCACCUUGGAAGCCGUCACAAUGCGCUAUCGCCUCCAUCGAGAUCUGGUUCUGCGGGGCAUCGACUUGAAGAUUCCCAGCAGAUCGAAGUUGGCCUUCUGUGGUCGAACGGGCUGUGGGAAGAGCUCCCUCUUCAGUGUCUUGAACCGACUUUAUCCCCUGGCGUCUGGCCGUGUCUUGAUCGAUGGCAUUGACAUCAGCACGCUGCCACUCCGGACCUUGCGCGCCAAGGUCCGUGUGGUCUCCCAGGAAUCCUUCCUGAUCUCGGGCUCUUUGAGACAGAAUUUGACCAUGGGAACUGAAGGAAGCGAAGCAAAUGGAGCUGGAGCAGCUUCUGAUGCAGCUGAUGUUUCUGGCAUUUCUGAUGAGGUCUUGUGGUACUGUCUGCGGGUCGUUGGUUUGGAAGAGAAGGUGCGGCAGCUGCCGGAGACCUUGGACUUCACCGUGGACGUGGCCGGGCAGAACUUCUCCGUGGGCGAACGGCAACUGAUUACGUUGGCGCGGGUCCUGGUGCCCAGUCGGCCCUGCAGCCUGGCCGAUUGGGCGCCUCCCCGGAUCCUUCUCUGUGACGAAGCCACGGCCAACAUCGAUGUCUUGACGGAUGAGAAGGUGCAUGAUGUCGUGCUGUCUUUGGAGGCAACAGUCAUGAUGAUUUGCCAUCGUUUGCAGCACAUCAAGCGCUUUCAACAAGUGGUUGUCCUGGAUGCUGGGAAGUUAGUGGAGCAAGGCUCUCCCAGCGACUUGCUGACUCCCGAUGAUGGCAGGCCAGCCACACAUUUGGGACGCCUCUGUGCAGCCGCAGGGCUGUGAAGAUCACGACUGAACGACGCACAGGCGACGCAUGGCGACGCAUGGCGCUGACGAGAUGUACAGUGGCGCCGUGCAGUUCUGCGCACGCGGGGGCGAAAGUCCCCCUCGUCGCCUUGGUUUCGGAUGUGUUUUCGGAUGAUUCCGAUCUCGCGUUGAAAAA